AUGGAUCUUAGAGUGUUAUAUAAAAGAGCCAAAGAGCUCUUUCCUUUUGUGCCAAACCCAGUGCCACUUGUACAGUUUUUAACGAGGCGGGCAGCCAUUGAUGAGAUUGAGUAUAAAUCAGAAUCCUCUAUAAAAAUAAGAAAGGCAAGAAGGAUAGAGCCAGAGGAGGACGAAGAAAUAAUUAAAAAAAAAUACUAA